UCCUCCCUUCCUGCAUUCGCGCGCAGCUCUCUGUACUUCACCUGUGCUUCGGACAUUUUGCGGACUUUCCACACUCCUCUUAAACAAGAAAGACGCAUCGACCGUAUCAGUCCAGCUGAGAACGACUACAGCUCCUCGUCUCUUGGAUCUCAGUGGAGGUGUUUGCUCUCAAACCCAGACGGAUACUUCUCCGGGAUGGAUUCGGCUGCUUUCUCGUUGUUGGCUCUCGUGGCUGCCGGGACGCUUCUUCAAGUGUGGGGUACAGAAAAUGUGACUGCCUUGUAUGGAGGGACCAUUGUUGUACCAUGCAACGGUGGAGCUCCAGCUCCUGAUGAUCUGAUGUUCAUUAAGUGGAAAUAUGAAAAAAAUGAUGGCACUCCUGGCGAUCUUUUGAUCAAACAGACACGCAAUGACCAAGCCACCAUUCAGGCCACAGACGAUUAUGCCCAGCGGGUCAGCAUUGAUGACAAGUUCAGCCUGCUCAUCAACCGGGCCUCACUUAAAGACCAGAAGACCUUCACCUGCAUGGUGGUGUCAGACACUGAUCUCUUGGAGUAUCCCGUCUCUGUCGUUGUUUACAAGAAACCAUCAUCAUUUCAGAUUAUGGACAAAUCUGAAGUAUUGCAGAAGGACAUAUUAACAACGGUAGGAACAUGUGUUGUUGCAGAUGCAAACCCUGCAGCUACUAUCACAUGGAAAAAGAAUGGGCAACCUUUGUUAGCCAGUGGGAAAGCUGUGAUAACACCCAGCUUGAGGCUGGACCCAGCCACGGGCCUGUCCACUACCUCCUCCACCCUCCAGUAUGUAGCCACCAAGCAGGACAUUGGUGCAGUCUUUGCUUGCAUUGCUACACACAAGCUGACCAAUCAGGAAAUGGAGAUGGAACCAUUUCCUAUUCACUAUCCCUCAGAGAAGGUUAGUCUCCAAAUUAUAUCCAAGGGGCCCAUCAUAGAAGGUGAUAAUGUGACAUUGAAGUGUCACGCUGAUGGCAACCCUCCACCCAGCUCCUUUUUCUUCUACAUCAAGGGCCAGAAAGUGCUGGUGGAAAAUUCAGACACCUACACUUUGAAUGCCAUCAACAGAGUGGCUGCAGGUGAAUACAAAUGCUCCAUGGCAGAUAAUGAAGAAAUGGAGGCCUCCCAAAGCAUCGUUGUUAGCUACCUGGACCUGAGUCUGAGUCUGACUGGAAGAGUUGUUAAGACAGUAGGGGAUGCCUUGUCUGUGAAAAUGGAGAAGAACGCCUCGGGUGAUGCUAAAGUGUCAUGGACAAAGAAUGGAAAGACCGUGAAGGAGCCAGAGUAUAGCAAAUUGACCUACACUAAUGCAGGAGUCUACAUAUGUGAAGUUUCCAUGGCUGGCCUCACGCGACGUCAGAGCUUUGAACUGGUCAUAGAAGGAAAGCCUUUAAUCACAAGCCUGAACAAACACCUUGCUGAUGAUGCUAAACACAAAGUCCUGACCUGCGAAGCUGAGGGAGCACCAGAGCCAAUCUUCAAGUGGAGCAUCAAUAACACAAAUGAGGAGAGCUCUUACAUCAACGGCAAGGCCACCCAUAAAAUCACUGUGAUACCCAAGGUGAACCUGACUGUCACCUGCAGUGUCAGCAACAAGCUGGGAGAAGAUACCAUGUCAAUCAAUGUUUCCUCUGUUUUUAAGGAGGACCCUGAAGGAAGAGAAUCUCCAGAGGAUUCACAAGACCAGGCAAGACUCAUCGUGGGUGUCGUGGUGGGGCUCAUCGUAGCUGCUGCUCUAGUGGGGCUCAUCUACUGGCUCUACAUAAAAAAUUCAAGACAAGGAAGCUGGAAAACCGGUGAGAAUGGAGUUGAAACAUCUGAGGAGAGCCAGAAGCUAGAGGAGAACAAUCACACUGUUUAAAAGGCACUAAGGCUCUAUUUCAUGAAUGAAAGAGGUAUGUCUGUGGGGAAGAAGCAGUUGACAGCAGCCUUGCAGCGUCAAAAUACAGACUCCUGGUUGGUUGCUGAAGUGCUCCGUUAGGCUCCACAUGCCAUGUAACUGGUAGUGGCCGUGCUGGACUGCCGUGACGGGGCAACAAUCAGUUUUCCACCAGGUCCAGCCCUCAGUCUGCUGUCCCACUUCGCUUUCUGAAAUCUACACUGAGGCUGCCCUGUGUUACUGUGUCAUUCAUUUUUUGUGUGUUCUUGUCUGUUCUUGUCCACUGUUGUUUUACUUUGGCAGUUUUGUGAAGCUGUGUGGAGGGGUUUUUCGGUACCUUAAUUUUUCCUUUAGGACUUCUUCUUGUUGUUCUUGAAUUUCUUCAAAGAAUGUAAAUUCCUUGUACAUUUUUUAAGGCCUGCAUAACUAAUUAUAAUUAUGCAUGUGCCCUGGGUGACAGUGCCAAUGUUUUUUACUUUUCAUUUUUGAUCUGGCUGUGUGUGGAGAAUCCUGUGUUCAGCUGUGCACAGACAAAAAGGCAAUUCCCUGCUGUUUACUGAGACUGUUCUAAGACUAUUCAAAAGAUAGUCUCACCAUCUCUUAAUUUCUGAUUUUCAAAUGCUGGCAAAUUAAUUGUUUGAAUAUUUCAUUAACAACACAAAAACCCCAGCUAUAGUCAAAAUAUUAAAUUAGGAACUCUGAAUGAUUUGUUCAUUUGUAUUAGCAUUUCUUUGUAAGUGUUGUAAGAACCAAGCUGAGUGCGUUUUAAAUUGCAGUUGCGGAAAUGUAAAUUGGACGCAAUGUGGAGCAUUGAAGCAUUAUGGCACACUCUACCACUAAUGAACAGUUUUUUUAAAUGACACAAAUUUGUUCCUCUUCAGUGCCAUUCACAUUUUGUUAAUCUCAAGGACUUUUUUAUUCCUUUAAGUUACAAAGGAUUAUCAGAGAAGGUAAAUGGAAACAAUAAUACAUUUGAAAAGUGUAACAACAAAAAAUGCAGUGUGUUCUGUUGUGUUGUCCAUGCUAAAAUGAGGUUCAGUUUAAUGCAGUACAUUGUUUUCUCUCUUGAAAUAGCUUUACUGAUGCCUGAAUGUUCAGUUUUAUUUGUUUGUUUUUUCAUGUGUAUUUGAUGUAUUUAUCAUCUGUGUGCAGCUUACUUAUGAAAGAUCAUUAUUUCUUUUAUUCCAGUAAAGAAAUCAUCAUUUGAUGUUUAAAUGGCACUGUGUGGUAGAAAUGCUAAA